UCAUCUCCCUCCUCCCCAUCCUGCUUCAGAGAACUCGUCAAUGGCGAUCAGAAAAUCAUCCAAGCUCCCUCAGACCGCCGUUCUGAAGCAAAUCCUCAAGCGAUGCUCGAGUCUGGGCAGGAAACAAGGCGGCUACGACGAAGACGGACUCCCCCUCGACGUUCCGAAAGGCCACUUCGCCGUUUACGUCGGCGAAAAGAGGAGCAGGUACAUUGUUCCCAUCUCGUUCUUGACUCACCCAGAGUUCCAGUUCUUGCUCCGACGAGCCGAGGAAGAGUUCGGGUUCGACCACUACAUGGGACUCACUAUUCCUUGUGAAGAAGUCGUUUUUCGCUCUCUCACUUCCAUGCUUCGAUGAACA